AGUUUGAAAGUACCGGGAACUUUUAGCUGUUGCUGUUUGCAUGUUUUCUACAGUUUAGUUUGAAGUAGUAAAGAUGCCGAGCGCUAAUGAUAGUCUGCUUGCUGAGCUGGACCCUGCUAUUCAGGGGGAUCUUAUCAUGAGGAAGUACAGGUCCAUGCCGUGGCCGGUUCUUAGAACUACUGACUUCCGGCCAACGUCCCCGAGCCAUGGUCAGAGUCUUAGAACCACUGAUUUCCGACCAACUUCUCCAAGUUAUGGUCUUAGCUCCACAACUGUAGACACUAUCAAACCAAAACAGUUGACUUUUAGUGACGAUACAACGUUUAGGCCCAUAUCUCCUAUUCGCCGCUCACCCCGAACCAGUCCUAUCAGACAGUCAGGAAGCCCAAACAGAUCUGAUACAUCUGCCACACGGGCCACUUCAUAUCGUCCACUUUCUCCACCUCGGAGUAAAAAUAUAGGAAGACUUAGCCCUUCCAACAAUCGGACCAGUCCCAGUCGCCUCAGCCCCGAGGUAUCAGCAAUUAGUCAGAGAAUCUUCCAGAGUAUUGAUGAGAUCAGAAAGGAGAUACAAAUCACUUCAGACGACGCUAAAAACUCUGGCAUGGGUCGGUAUAAACACCGAGCAGAAAGAGACGGGUCUCCUAGCAAAUACAGGGACACAUCUCCCACUUCUCGUUCUUUCAGAGACACAUCUAUCAGACAGAGAUCACCCACUCGUACCUUCAAAUCAGAAGCUUCACCCAGCACCCGAGCCUUCAGACAGGACCUCUCUCUGGCGAACACCAGAAACCCACGACGACAGCCCCGUGCGGAGAUAUCACGUAUUUUAGGUGAUGUUUCAGAAGCUGGUAGUCCACGGAAAAGAGUCGAGUUUAGUGAAACCCUCACUUCGAGUAAAAGAGCCUCGAGUCCAGUGGAAACAAGUGGAAAUACUAGUCGACCCACCAUUACCAGUAGUUUUACAAUCAAAGCUAAACCUGAAGUAUCAGACCCUAAUAAAAGUAUCGAGGAUAUUAUAGCAGGUGCCGCCCUGAAGUCGCCCACUUGGCACAAGAUGGAGAAGGAAGGGUUGCAGGAUGCUGUUGAAGAGAGCGAGCAGCGCCGAAUGUUGCUCGUUAAUCGGCUUAAAGAUGCUCAGGAUACCCUUAAGCUACAAGCGAGCACUAUUACGAGUUUGAAGGGUGAGAAGGAGAGAUAUAAAGGCGAACUCGAAAGUUUAAACUUUUCUAAGGAGGAGAGCUACAAUGAAAAGAGGAACUUGACAACCCGAAUAAAGCUCAUGAAGAGCAAGUGCGACGAGUUGGACGAGGAAGUGAAGGAACUCUCGAGAACUUCCCAAGGACUGAAACACAAAAUGGAGGAGAAAACGAAGCAGUGUCAGGAGAAAAACGAUCGGAUAAACGAGUUGGAGAACGAACUUUCUGCUAUAAGACUGAGUUCAGCAGAUAACGGAGACCAAAUCGCAAAGCUCCAGGAAACAUACGAUAGAGCCCGGUCCCAAGCUUCCAUCCUUGAACAACAAAACGCUUCCCUCAACGACCAGAAUAACGACCUUAUACAGGAGCGAGAUUCUCUGUCUUCCAAGGGUAAAGACUUAAAGGUACAGCUGGAGGAAGCUGAGACGGCUCUGGCUCAACUCAAGAGUGAUCUGGCUAUUAGCGAGAGGGAACGUCGCGAACUUGAAGAGGAGCGUCGUGUUGUAAUUGGACACAAAUUAGACACACAGGAAGCUCUAACCAAGUCAAACCAAGUCAACAUGGAAUUGCAGGCACAACUAGACUCACUGAUUGAGAUCAGAGACUUUUCUGAAAAGGAGAACCAGCAACUGAGAAGCAAAGCGAAGGCAAUAGAAGCGACCCUAUCUAAUAAAGAUCUGGAGACGAGUAGUAGGCUGGUGGAGAUUGAGGCUCUCCAGAGAGAAAACAAGACCCUUAGAGAGAUAAACGACAGCCUGAAGGACCGAGUUGAUGACGCUGAGCGUGGGAAAAUGGACAGUGAGCACCUUAUCGAACUGCUAAGAACUGAAAAGCAAGAACUGUCCGCACAGAAAACUGAUCUCUUCAAUUUUAACGAGGAACUGAACGAGGAGAUAAAGAUAACAAAGAUAGAUUUAGGGGACAGGAAGCAGGAGUACGAGAUGAUGUACGAGGAAAAGGAAGAUAACAGGAAGGAAAAACAGCAGCUUCAGCAGCUGCUGGACACGCUGCAACACGACAGUGACACCCAGAAGAACUACAUGGAGACACAGUGUGAGGAACUGGAGGUGGGACUUGACAAAUUUCUAGAUAUUAUCGAGCACAAGCUGAAAGACAUUCAAAGGCUAGAGAAGGAGAGGGAAAAUGUCUCUGAAGAAAAUACAGGCUUAAGGAAGGACAUAGCCGCGUUGAAAGAGGAGGCGAACUACAACAAGAAUAAGGCAGAUGAUUGGAAGAACACAGCUCAAAGUCUGGAGGACUCUCUCAACUUGAGCGAACAAGAACGUCAAGGCGUUGUGGAGGACCUACUACGUAUCCAGAAUGAGCUCACAGACCUGAAGGAUGAAUAUGGAGUUGUGGCCGAUGAGAGAAACAGAUUCCUCGACAAGUACAACGAACUCCGAGCUGAUUGUGAAAAUCUCCAAGAAGAGGUGAGGGAGCUGCUGCUGGAGAAGGACGAGAACCUCCACGUGAUCAGACUACUGGAAACACAGAAAUCCAUCCUGGAAGAAAAAUGGAACGGAGGGAGAGACCUUGAAGCAGCUCAAGCUGAGUGUCUUGAAUUGAGGGCAGAUGUGAAAGCAUGCAGGGACAGAGUCAAAGCUCUAGAACAAUCUUGCGAUGAUAUGAGAAAUGAGCUGACCAUCUCUACGGACAAAGUUUCUCACCUGCUCGGGGAAAAGAAGGUGAGUCAAGAGAACCUUGGCCGGGCCGACAAGACAAUCGACCUUCUGAACAACGACAAAGACCGGCUCCAGAAACAAGUGUCGGCUGUCUCUAGAGAGUUUGAGAAACGUGUCGCUGCUCUAGAGGAUGAGCUCGAGUCCGAGCAAAACAAGGUUCUGUGCAAGAGGGAGGAAAACACAAACCUAAAGAAGAGACUUGACGAAGCUCUGAACAUUCACGGAUCUGAGAAAUCAGAUCUUAUAAAGGAGAGAAACAGUUUGGAGGAUAGACUUUGUGCCAUGGAGAGACUCAAAAAUAGUAUUGAUGAUGAUUUGGCGAAAAAGAACGACAUGAUUGCAGAACUUGAAGCUGCUAAGAAAGCGAAGGAAAUGAAGGAAGCAAAAUUAGCUGACGCCCUAAAGGCGAUUACUGGUAAUCCUGAUGUGGAAGAUGCAUUUGUUGAGGCAGCAACCUACAUGAGAACAGUUAAAGGUGCAAAAGAGACAUUCGAAAAGGAAGCAAAGACGAUUCCUGGACUUGAAUCUCGAAUUCAGGAGCUUGAGGAAAAUUUGGAUCGAUCGGAGAAGUGUGCCAGUAGUCGGGGAGCAGACCUGGAGCUGAAGAGUGCCAGUAUCGAGGAGCUAGAGACAACACGCACCGACCUGGAAACCAACCUAGCUGAACUGGAAACCAAGAAAGCGGAGAUGGAGAGGAUUAUACAGCAUCUCAAGGGGGAGAAAGAAAAGCUUGAUCAUCUAGUGGUAGAGCACGAUAAGCUAGUCGGUGACCACAACAAGACAGUGGGUGAUCUGACUGAGUCACAGAAGCUGGGAGCUGCUAUCGGGGAGAAACGUGACUCUAUGGACGUGGAGAACAAGAAGUUGAGGGCUGAGAACACAAAGUUAUCUAUUGAGUUAACUGACUUUAAGAAGGCACUAGCCAGUAAGGGAGACGGAGAGCGGGCCAUGCUGGAAGCAAGCAACGAGCUGAGAGUAGUACGAGACGAGCUGGAGAACCUGAUGGACAUCAUCUCCACCAAGGACAGUAAGAUAGAGGGUCUGAUCGCAGAAAUAGACACGUUAACCGAGAAUGUGUCCCAACUGAACGAGGAGAGUGAGGCUAAAUCUGAGGAUAUCAGGACUCUCAGAUCUCAGGUUCGAGAGGGAGAUAGACAGAAGGAGAGAGUUGGAGACCUUGAUGUGGACUCCUCAGAAGUUAUGAGAGAAAAGGAGGAGCAGCUGAAGAGACAGGAGAAGUGGCUGGAAACGUACAAAGCUAAGAUUGAGGCUAUGGAAAGACAGAAGCUGGAAGCUGAGGAGGAAAAGGCAAGGUUGAGAGAAGAAAAGAAGGGUCUAGAAAGGCAGAUGAGAGAUCUGCACGACACCGUUGAUGCUAUGGAGACCGAGGUGGAUGUCAUGAAAGAAGUUUUAGUUGAAACCGAGGCCGAGAGAGAGGUGAUAGAGGUCCGAAAUAAAGACUUGAUGUCGCAGCUCGACCUUCUGGUGGAGGAUCAGGCUAAAGAUGAUGUUGUGAGACGACUGCACAUGGUAGAAGAUGAGUUAAAAGCGACAAAGCAGAGGCUGCAAAUGUCGGAAGAUGAUAAGAAGCAACAAUACGGAAAUAAAGAUCUGAAGACUCCGGAAGAAGUUGCUAAAAUAAUUGAGGACAUCAAGGAAGCGUUCGAGGAUGAGAUAGCUGAUCUGCUGCUACAAGAAAGGGAACAAUAUGAGACAGAGAAAGCUCAGUUUGAGACGGAAAAGGGAGAAUUCAGGGUUGAACAGGAGGAGUUCCUAAAACAAGCUGAGGAGAUCGCCGCUGAGCAGAUUACAAAGAAGAACGCAAAAGUUGAUGAGAUGCAGACCCAGCUGGACAGCGCCCUCUCGGAACUACAGAAGUAUAGAUCUGGUAGUUAAAGCUGAAAAUGAAGAUAGAGUUGAUGAUUGAGUAAUGAGUAUGUUUGAAGGACUUCUAAGUUUUGAAGACAUUAUUUUAAAAUGUAUGUAUACUGUUAUGUAUAGUUUUUUAAUUAAAUUACCUAGGAAUGGCAAUGAUGAACAGAAACAUUUAUCUUUAAGUGGGUUUAUUCGUUAGGUUUUGACACUUAUACCAGGAUAAAUUUCGGUAAUCCAAGUUUACUACGUUAUAUAAUAGGAUUACGUUUUUACUGAUAUUGAUAACUUAGUCGCAUUAUCGCUGACAGAUUUGUUUAUAUAAACGAUUUCCGGUGUAAAUAAACAAUCAUUUAACUUACUUUUCUUAUAAACCACUGCAUGGACAUUAUCAUUACUUCAUUAUCAUUUAGCCAACUUAUAAUCCAGUAAUUAAUUCCUCAGUGCUUGAUGCCUCUCAGUUAUCCUCUGAUGAUAGCUGAUGAUUUCUGUACAGUUUAUAUGUUAUACUAAUCUUUAAUUAGAAGUACGUUUUUAAAGCAUUGCAAAAUAAUCAAUGCCCUUUAACUUCAUAUAAUAACGUCCUAGUAAUAGGUAUUCUACUGUAUUUUAGCUACUUUAAAUUAUACAUCUUUUUAGGAGUUAUUAAGUUUAAUCAGUUAUCAGAAGUUUUCGUGAACAGAAAUUAAUUAAUAUUUUUAUACUAUUCGUGAUUAAAUUUCAUGAAUUAAGAAUUACUUAACACUUUUAUUG